AUGCCGUCGGCAGCGGCAAGAAGGGUCUACGAGGAUCAAAUCCCCUCCUUCAUGUCAGUCUUCGACCUCGACGCCGAGACAAUCGCAGCCCAGGAAACCGAAACCCUCGUCGACCCUAAAUUGAUCGAGAUGGAGGCCACUGGAAAGCCGCUGGCCAACCCGGUCCAGCACAUCCGCCCGACAAUACCCUCGGAUCUUACGCACAAGCACCACGACAGUACUUCUACCCAGGCUUCCGAGUCUGCAGAGUCAUCACCCACGACAACUCUGUCAACAAGUGAUUCCUCCCCUCUGUCGGACCCGUCGCCUUCCUCGUCCCCGGACUCGCCCGUUAACCUGAUUCCUCUGUCCUCCUUUCCGGCGACUUCCUUCGGCGCGCUUCCGCCCAUGUCUUCCUUGAACACCCUGACGGUUUCUGAGAACUCGAGCUUCCGCCGACCGAUGACAUCUCCUUCACCGCGCCGACCAAAGAACAUGAAGGGACUCUCCAUCCAGCCACCUUUCAUGGGCAACACAGCCACGACGCUCGUGUCUGAACCCGCAUCCCCCUCAUUCAUCAAGCCCACCAUCCCCGGAAUGAAGCGCAAGCCUAGUCAGCUGAGCCUCAAGACGAAGACGUCGGAUCUUGUCAUGCGGAAUACGCUAGAGGUUCCCGGCACACCUGGAAUGGCACCGAUCAUGCAGAGACGCGCCCUUAAGCACUCGACUUCUUCUCCGCACAUGCUGCCUUCCUUGAAGUCGGCGACUUUCGGCCCACCGGGUGGCAUGACAUUCCCCAAGGUCUUGGAGCGUAAUGAGUCGGGCUUGUCGGAGUUCCUGAGGCCAACAAAGACCGGCGUUGGCUCUUCUUUCGACACCACGAUUGUCGAAGAGGACUCACCCAUCAAGACGCAGCUCGCCAGUCGCGCUGCUCUCGAUUUCGAGCCAUACCACGAGAACGAGAACAACGAAGACCAAAAGACUCCCGGAUAUCCCGAUGGCCCCAUCGCCAUUUAUGAAGACAACGUCUACCUCUACCUGGAGCCAACUGCGGACGAGGCCUCCAAGUUCGACACGGUCAUCAACGUUGCGAGGGAAGUCAGAAACCCAUUUUCCGUGCUGCCCAAGGGCGACGUGGAAAUGACCGACUCUCCCGCUGUGCUGAGCCCGAUCCCCGACUCUGCCGUAUCGAAUGCUAGUUUCUCAACGGCAUUUGAGUUUGCCGCUGACGGCAAGGUCGAGACCCCGACGACGCCCAAGGCGAUGUCUUUCUCCAUCAGCCGCCCCGAGUACAUCCACAUGCCUUGGGACCACAACACAGAUAUCGCGCAGGACCUUAUGCACCUGUGCGAAACAAUUGAGGCCAGGACCAAGGAGGGAAAGAAGGUACUUGUUCACUGCCAACAGGGUGCAAGCCGAUCCGCCAGUCUCAUCAUCGCCUACGGUCUUUACCAAAACCCCGAAUUGAGCGUCAACGAUGCAUACUACGCUGCGCAGGGCAAGAGCAGAUGGAUCAGCCCCAACAUGAAGCUCAUGUACUGUCUGCAGGACUUCCAGAAGCAAGUGUCCAAGAAGAAGGCUCCCCCAGGAUCCGCAUUCCGACCUCGAACUGGUCGCAGCCCCACGAAGCACCGCUUGACACUGUCUGCGGAUGCUGCGAUCGACACUGCGCCGAAAGAGCCCAUGACGGCCCCUUUGCCUGGAGAGAAUGAAGGUAGCUCUGGUCAUUUGAGCCCGAAGAAAGGAAGCCCCACACGCGCACGAGGUCACUCAACGCCGGGCAGUCAACCAAUCUCACCUGGUCCUUCAUCGGCACCAUCGAGCUUUUCGUGCUCAGAAAGCGAGAGCAACAACAACUCCGCCAAGUUCGGCAAAUUUGACGUCGAUCGGUUACUCCCGCAGCUCAAGCCGACACCAUCCGACACUGGCUUUGCACUAUCCUCGUCAUUUUUCUCCAAACCUCCGCCUUCGCCUGGCCCGCCUCCAUCACCUGGCUUUGGUUCUCACAGAUUUGGCCCAACGGGAGGCUUCGGCUUCUCCAGUCUGAAUCUCGGCCCUUCACACGAGCACGAACCGGAGGAACCAUCUCACAAGGAAAGACACGUUGCGGUUGCGUUACCCGAAGACGCGGCUCUCAUGUCACCAAGAGCUGAGACGAUGACGAACAAUCCGCUGCACGACUCCUACAACGAGUUCACUGGCAUGCGAUUUGUCGAAGUGCCGCCGACUCCAAGCGAGGGUCUGUUCUCGCCCAGAGAAACAAUGUUCCCUAGGGAUCCUUUCUUCCCCUUCGGACGCCCCACCCAAGUUGCCGACCCGCGCAGUCCGCCUACAAAAGGUGAAACGCCAAUUGUGAGGUCUAUUGACGAGCUGCUAUGA